AUUAAGGGGAAAAUGCAUGUAAUUAAGCCAGUCUCCCAGACCAUUUAUUUGUGGUACAAAAAUAGCUCAGUGACAGUUGUUUCCACACAGUCACAUGGGGUUUAUUUUGAAAGGUGAACUUCUCUGAAGGCAAGGGACAUUGGUUACACAGAGCCCGUGUCUCUAGCUUAUAUCUCUCUGAUCAUCAGAAGUACAGUCAUGAGCAAUUCUUUAAUGCACCUGCUUUUAUUACCAACAACACGACUAAGCUUAUGGAUUCUCUCAUUCGUAUAUUACAUUGUCGUGUACGGCACAGCUGGAAUCACCGCUUGUUUGGUUCUGAUUCGAACUGUCUGGACUGGAUUUAGGGAUCCAUAUGGAACCUUUCAAUGGAACGCUCGAAAGAGACCCCGAGACUGCCUAAAAGACCCUGCACUUGGUGACCACGCGUUUCUGAAGGGCAGGAGUUCAGGGUUGAGGUUUCAUUAUGUAACCAAAGGAGACCACAGAAGGCCUCUAAUGCUGUUUCUUCAUGGUUUCCCAGAAAACUGGUACUCCUGGCGUUACCAAUUACAGGAAUUCAGUAGUCAUUACCACACGGUGGCGCUAGAUCUGCGUGGCUGUGGAGAUUCUGACGCACCUGUCCCGCUGGAGGAAUACUCACUGGACAAACUCUUAUAUGACAUCAGAGACACCAUCGAUGAACUGGGUCACACAAGUUGUAUAUUGGUGGGACAUGACUGGGGUGGGAUGCUUGCAUGGCAUUUUGCACUGGAAAGGCCAGACAUGGUGCAACGUCUCAUUGUGAUGAACGCCCCUCACCCUGCCUCGUGGUUGGACGCCGUUCUGAGAAGACCCUCUCAGCUGUUGCGCUCAGGACAUGCAUGUUUCUUCCAGUUACCAAUGCUGCCCGAAAUUGUUUUGUCUCUUGAGGAUUUUAAGUUGGUUCGAAGUCUAUUUUGUGGCAAGAAUUUGGGCAUCAGGAACAAAUCCAGACGACUGACUGAGACCCAGCUGGAUGGGUACCUAUACCGGCUGUCCCAGCCCGGAGGACUCACAGGCCCUCUGAACUACUUUCGUUCUCUUCUCAGUAACACUCUGUACAAGCAUCAGGAUGUCGGUGUGCCCUGCAUGUUAAUUUGGGGUGAGGAGGACACUAUUCUGGUUGAGGGCAUGUCCGGUGGAACGCGACCUUAUGUUAGGGGUCCAGUUGUCAUUCACACUAUUCCCGAAUGCAGCCACUGGGUACAACAAGAUCAACCCGAGAGAGUCAACAAGCUCAUAUGGGACUUUGUUCUGGAUAAAAACAUCAUAAAACACAAUCACUGAUUGCCUUUGACGCAAAGAAAGAAUUAUUUUGAGUUAUUAGCUCUAGCAAGGUUUCUGGUUUUCACUUACAAAAUAACUGCUUGCAUUUUGUCGGGUUUGUCUUAAAUGAAGUAAAGACAAAGCAGAUAUGAAUGGUUUUUAUGAGAUCUUCAGUUCAAGACAUUUUGACUAAAUUCUUUCCUGUGAGUUGUUUAACUAAACAUCCAACAUCAUUACCAAAAAAUUUAGCCUGUUAUGUAUUACACUCUGUUUAAAUUUAGUGUGACUAAAUACUGUAAGACCACAUAAAAAUGUCUGAUGUGUUUAUUCCAUUCUUGGCUCAGUGUUCCUGUGAUUAUUGGGUGCACAUGUUGAGUUAUCCCAACAUUAUUGACUACAAUGAACAAAUUCUCCCUAAAAAAAUCCCUGAUUGUUGAGGGGGAUACGUACUGAACAUAUGAUUGUUAUACGUCACAGUUAAAUAUAGUAACUUUUGUUACAAAAAGCAGUAAACAUUCUCACGAGA